AUGACCGACUUCGACGCCCUCCUCACAGAAUACACAGCCAAACCGAACCCCAAAGUCCACGGCGUAAUAUGCAAAGUCGUCGAUAAAACUGGCAAAGAAAUAUACAGCAAAACACCAGGCUCAAUCUCCCUCCUGCCAGAUGCAGCACCUCUCCGGGAUGACGCCGUUCUCAAACUCGGCAGCGCCACAAAACUAAUCACCAGCAUCGCACUCCUCCAAUGCAUAGAGCGUGGCCUUAUCAAAGGGCUUGAUGAUCCAUUAACUGGGAUAUUGCCGGAGCUGGACGGUAUACAGAUUUUGAAGCAUGUCAAUGGAUCCUCAGAAUUCAUAUAUGAGCCUACCAAAACGGCGAUUACGGCGAGGCAUUUGCUGAGCCAUACUUCCGGGAUGGGAUAUAGAUUUACGCACCCGUUACUCGGAAAAAGGGCGGAGUACAUGGAUAAGCUCCGUGGUGGGAGGACGUUCAAGGUCACGGAACGGUACGAUCUGCCAUUGAUAUAUGAGCCGGGUGAAGGGUGGUGGUAUGGCUGCAGUCUGGACUGGGCCGGUGUCGCGGUAAGUCGUUUGAAUGGCGGUGUCUCGUUAGAAGAGUACUUUGUGCGGCAUAUAUGGACCCCCUUGGGCCUGCAGGCGCCGUUCCCGAGGUUUAAUAUUGCGCGGUAUCCGGAGUAUGAGGCUAGGAUAUUGCAUGGUGCGAAACGCGUGGUUGAUAGUGAUGGCAACCAGAGGCUGGAGGCGUGUGAUACGUGGGCGUUUGAUAAUCCUGAAGAUCAGGAUGGGGGUAGCGGAUUGUCGUCUACAGCGAAAGAUUUUGUGGCUGUUUUGGCGGAUUUGGUUUCGUCGUCACCACAACUCCUAAAAGAGGAGACGAUUGAGGAAAUGUUCAAGCCGCAGAUGCCUACUGAUGGGCCGGGGGUUGAGAUGUUGCUGAAGUUGAGAGUUGCAUGGGAUGCAGUUGCAGGACCUAUUUCCCCGGAGUAUGUGAAUCAUGGUCUGGGGGGAUUGUUGUGUACGGGUCCUGUGCCGGAGACAAAACAGCCAUGUAAAACGUUGGCAUGGGGAGGAGCGACGAAUGUGAUUUGGUGGGCUAAUAGGGAGUUGGGUGUUGCAGGUUUCUUUGCGACUCAGCAGGCGCCGUUUGGGAAUGAGACUGUUAAUGGGCUGGUAAAUGCUUGGAAGAGGGAUUUUUGGACGCAGUAUGAGGCGGUGCAGUGA